AUUGGCUGACGGAGGGUGACGCGUUAGUGCGGGAAGCUCUGAUCCACGUGGGUGGUCCGGCUGGGAAAAGAGGCUUCAUUCACAAAUAUCAACAGAUCGUCACUAAAGACACAUGUAUACGUUUAUACUGUGUUUAUAUAGUUAUUUCUGAUAUGAGACCAGACGCUUGAGCUUCACGUGGAACCAGAGGAUGGAUUCAAAUGUCCUUUAAACGGUUUGAAGCGCUUCUGAAGCUGUAGCGACGUAAAAACAUGACAUUAUCUGAGCUGGAGGCUGAAUAAGUGCUCAAGCAAAACACGGCUGGACCACCCACACACUGGAGGAGGGGGGGGAGGAGGUGGACGCCAUUGCAGCCGCCGCUGGUCGAGUGUGAUUGGGCUCCGAUGUUGCCAGACCCCGCGGUGUCCCGGGUCCUCCAGAGAUCCCCCAGCCCUCCGUCCCAGCGGGUCCGAGCGUGAAAGCAGAAGAUGGAGGUUUUGUCGCCGCAGGGCCGAACAUGUGGCGCCGCCGAGCCGAGCCCGAGCAGUCUCCUACCAUUCCUUCACCUGUCCGGUGGCCCAACCUCUCACCAUGAACACCAGUAGGAACUGCACCGCAGCCGGCAAUGGUGAGGGUCUGGCUGCCCUGGAGUGGGUCUCUAUAGUGACCAUCACACUCCUCGCCUGCCUGGGGAACCUCUUGGUCGUGGUCACCCUUUAUCGCAGGCCUUAUCUGCUCACGCCCAGCAACAAGUUUGUGUUCAGCCUGACCCUGUCCAACCUGCUGCUGUCCAUGCUGGUGCUGCCGUUCGUGGCCGUGAGCUCGGCAAAGAGGGAGUGGGUGUUCGGGGUGGUGUGGUGCAACUUCACCGCCCUGCUCUACCUGCUCAUCAGCUCGGCCAGCAUGCUCACCCUCGGGGCUAUCGCCAUUGACAGGUACUACGCAGUGCUCUACCCGAUGAUCUACCCCAUGAAGAUCACAGGAAACCGGGCCGUCGUGGUCAUCGCCUACGUGUGGUUACACUCUCUGAUUGGCUGUGUGCCUCCUCUGUUCGGCUGGUCCUCCUUCGAGUUUGACUGCUACAAGUGGACCUGCGUUGCGUCUUGGCACAGAGAGCCGAGCUACACAGCCUUCUGGGUCAGCUGGUGCAUCCUCCCGCCGUUGAUCAUAAUGCUGGCCUGCUAUGGUGUCAUUUUCCGCGUUGCCCGCAUGAAAGCUCGUAAAGUCCACUGCGGUACAGUCGUGGUGGCUCAGGACGACUCCAGUGGAGCUCAGAAGAACGGACGCAAGAACUCCAGCACCUCAAAUUCCUCUAGUGGAAGCCGGCGGAGCCUGGUGUACGCAGGGAGCCAAUGCAAGGCCUUUGUCACCAUUUUAGUGGUGAUAGGCACCUUCCUGGUGACGUGGGGGCCGUAUGUCAGUGUGGUGUGCACCGAGGCUUUGUGGGGACAGGGGAGUGUAUCUCAGGGGCUGGAGACUCUGGUCGCAUGGCUUUCCUUUUGCAGCGCCGCGUGCCACCCACUCAUCUAUGGUUUGUGGAAUAAAACGGUGAGGAAGGAGCUGCUGGGGAUGUUCUUUGGAGACCGCUACUACAGAGAGUCGUUUGCUACUCGGCAUAGGAAUUCCCGACUCUUCAGCAUCUCCAAUAGAAUCACAGACUUGGGUAUGUCUCCACACCUGACGGCCAUGUUGGCUGGUGGAGGGCAUCUGUUGGCCCCUGGUAGCAGCACAGGAGAUACCGGCUUCAGUUUCACUCAGGACUCGUGCACAGACGUGAUGCUGCUGGAUGACUUCUCUGUUGACGGCUCCUCCCAACAACAGCAGCACGGGAAUCUGUCCGGAAAGAGGAGGAGCUCGGUCACCUUUGAAGACCAGGUGGAGCAUUCCAAAGCUGAAAACUUCAACGCAUCCUCAGCCCAAGUCCACGCAGAGGAGCACAAAUCUCUCGACACCUUUGCUUCCUGCCUGGCCAUGGCCAUAGAGAGCGACGCUAAGCUCACCCUGUUUGGCGAGGGUCUGGCUCUGCCUGGGGGGCUGUUUGUGACGAGGGCGGUGCCGAGACCUAGAUACUUAGACGGUCAGAGACUGAGGCUGGAGAGUAUCGAUGAAGGGAUCGUCAAAGACGACAGAAAUGAAGAAGAGCAGGACAUAGAGGAGAAACCAGUCUGAAAAAUGCGGCUCGUCUGGUAACUUGUCGAACAUUCUUCGACUAUACUCAGUUUAUUAUCGGUGAACUGUGGUGGUUUCACACCCUCAACGCUGUUAUGUGACCUGUCAGGGUGGAGCCUGUCCUGCCCUGUGGUACACAUGAUGAAGUCUCGUGACACAUUGGUACACCAUACUUGAAACGAUUAGGAAGAGGUACAUUUCCACUUGGUCUGACAACACACAGUGCUCACCAGCAGUUUCUUCCCAAGCUUUUAUAUGGAUUCAUGUCAUCACAUAACUACGGUCACCUGAAUGGUCUGAUGUAGUAAAUCGUUCACUACAUAUUAUUAUUGUUGGUCCUCAGAAUCAACAGGAACGGAUGCGACAUCAGGGCUGAGCUGUAUGAAACAAUAUUCACUUCUAUCUUCACAACACUGUUAUCAGAUCCCUUUAAAACCUUGGAUAACCUAAAUCCAAACAAAAGUUUGUUUUGAGCUCAGUUUGUCUGUUGUGUAGAAACAGAUUAAGAGCCAAUUUGUGCUUGUACUGCACAUCAGUAGUUCACAUACACACUAUGUAUGACAAGAACUUGAUGAUCAGGGAGAUUGUAGGGUUACAACUCAGGUCUUUUCAACACCAAUUCAAUAUCUGCAGAUUAAUUAUUUAUUUGUCUAUAAAAUGACAGAAAACUGGAGUAACUUCCUGUUAUAACCAACUCUCUAUAACCCAUAGACAUUCAGUUUAUUAGCAUUUUUCUCCAAAAAAAUAAAACCAUCAAAUUUGUUGUUGCCUAAAUAAUUUUUAAAAAAUGAAUUGGUGGUGCGAAUACAGAAUGAAUUGUAAUAGAAACAGAAGAAUUGUGUGUGGAGAUACAUCAGUGAUCACAGUGUAUCUUUAUACUGCUCAGCCCUGAGCUUCACCAUAUCAACACAAUCUGUGGUCCAAUAUCUCUAGUAUUAGUAAAGUAUAUAAAGUGUGUUGCUUGUUGUGUAGAGACCUGCAGGGACAGUCCCGACAUGUCAUGCUUAUCUGCUUCAGACGACUGUGGACGUACCACAGUGAUUGCACUUGAACACGUGGCAUGUGCUCGUUCCCACACAAACCACUCUGGUGUCAUGUCGGAGGAGGAGGAGGAGGUGAUUAUUACUGUUAAGUCAGCGUUAUUUCAUAUGUAAAGCAGAAUAAUAGCAGAACCAAAUGAGGUAAGAGGAGAACAGAAUAAUGAGAUUGUUAUAUUAAUGGAAACACAUUAGCAGGGGCCCAUGUUUCAUUAUGUCGUGGACCUACUGGGCGACAAUGUCAGAAAUAAAUGACUGUAUUUUCCUUUAUUGGUCAUUAAAAGUCAACUCACUGAAAAAUAAAUUUAAUUCAUUGUUGAAUCAGAGGACAAGUAAAGUCUUAAUGCAAAGUAAAGGUCUUUAACUACAAAGUUUUUUUCUUGUUAUCUAGUACAUGUACAUUUACCUCAGUUUCUACACUCCAUCCUUUCCUUCACUGUCAUUAAAGGAAUUCUGAGAUUUAUGAGUAGAGCACGACUUUGGUGCUUCAGUCUUACCUCGUAUUUUCGUACUAUGUUUGCACAGGUACUUCUUUUGUAAGAAAAAGCUGUUUACCUGAGAAGUGAUGUAACCUUUUGAUUUUUUUACUAUACAGAAAGUAUUAAUACCCAUACUUGCAUUAAAGUUUUGUAUCAAGAUUCUUAUAUUAAAAGUUUUUUUUAACUUAAAAAUGUCUGCAGAAGCUUGUCCUUAUUAUGAGCUGCUGGGAUUUUGAAAUCGUUACCAUGUCUGCAAUUCAACUAGUUCCUACAAUAAAAAGCCUCAGGUUUUAAAACUCUUCAAUUCAA